UCGAGCAUCGAAUGUCUGUAUCGUUCUGGGUAUCUAUGGAGACUUCUGAAAUCUUUGGGCCUACUCAUCUUUAAACGUCUUGCGCGAGAUGUGGUCAACGGUGUAAAUUAUAAGAAUAAUGGUUACCGAAGAACAAGAAUCAAGUACGGCAUUAGCCUCCGAAAUGAUUCCGGUACCACAUGUGCAAACCGCAGACGAGAGACCGGUAGAAGAAGUUUCAAAUCAACCAGGAGAUAUAUCGCGAAGAAGGCCACGAACAAGAAAAAACGCUCUAAAUGCAGCAAUAUUGAAGCAAAUGGAAUUUUAUUUUAGUGACGCCAACUUGAGUAAAGAUAGGUUUUUAGGAAACCUUAUUAAACAGGAUCCCAAGAUUGACCUAGGAAUCUUCCUUCGAUUCAAUAAAAUCCGAGCUUUAACGACUGAAUUGAGCCGGGUAGCAAAAGCAUUGAAGGGUUCGACCAUACUAUCGGUAUCAGAAGAUGGGACAAAAGUUUGGCGUGUCACUCCCAUUAAGGAGAAGGAGAAUUUGGAUGAGUGUACUAUAUAUGUUCAAGGAUUAUCUCCAGGAGCUGAUCACGAGUUGCUAAGCACUAUUUUUUCACAAUAUGGCACUGUAGAAUACAUAUCUGUUCCAAGAUACAAAAGCAAUAAAAAAAUCAAAGGUUUUGCAUUUGUUGAAUUUCAGACACCUGAAAGUUCCAUGAAAUGUAUCAAGGCCUUUCAAGAAAAGGGAUGCGUUUUACCAUCACAGACAUCACCGGAUGAACUCCUGAGCAUAACAACCUUUGAUGAAUCAAACCAAGUAGAAGAAAUGGAAAUGGUGGAAGAUUCUAAUGAAAGAAAAACUAGUGAUUUAAAGGAACCUAAUAUUAAUAAUGACAAUUUACAAGAGAAUUCUAACAUAAAGACUACAGAUCAUAAUAAUGAAAUUCAAAGUAUGGAUACAGAACAGUUACCUACAGAAGUGGAAGGGCAUAGGAACAAAAAGAAAAACAAGCAUAAAGAAUCAAAAUAUUCCAAGGAUAAAAAUAUACUAGAUGAAGAGAGUAAUUCAAAAGAAAAUAAUGAGCACAAAAACCAGCAAUGUACAUCUUCUGAUACUGAAACUUCUAAAGUAGAAAUGAUUGAAGUAUGUACUAAAACUGAAGUACACAACAUAAAAGAAGAAUGUGGAGAAAUAAGUUCAGAAAACGAUGAUAAACAGAAAAGACGACAAAAAAAUUUUUUGCGUGAAAAGAAAAGUCGUAGAUUUGAACUACCUGAAUGUAUCGGAGAAGAUAGAUGUAGUUCCAAAAGCAGUACUGGAUCAAAGAAAAAAAUUAAAAAUAAUGAAAAUAUAGAAGAAUCUAAAGUGGUUGAAGAAGAACCCAAUAUUGAGAACAAUGAAUUAAAUAAUAUUGCAAAAGAUCCUGAAGACUCGAAGAAAAUGCAGAAAAGAAAACGCAAACGACAUUCAAAGAGUGAUGAUAUGAUAGAUGGUACUGAAAUUGGAAUGCAAGUAAUGGCCAAAAAGGACUGGAAAAGGCUCCGUAAUAAAUAUUUAGAAUUACAAAGGAAUAAAAUGAAAUUGUUAAAGCAACAUUUAAAACGGGCUAGAUGGAACCAGUGGAAUAGUCACGACAAAUUAAAAACUGAAAAGGAAGAAGCGGAAGAAACUAACAAUCAAAAAGAGCAAAAUACUGCUCCAAGUAUCACCUUUGUACCAGGAGUUAUUGUAAAAAUUGAAAUGGAAGAACCUUGUUCUGAUCCUAAAAGUUUCAAGGCAGAGUUAAGAAAUUCAGGUAAUAUAAAAUACAUUGAUGUACCUGAAGGAGCUACAGCAGCAUUUAUUAGAUGCGAUUCAGCAGAAUCUGCACUUGCAUUAGCUCAAAAAUCCGCCAAAGCGAGGUCUGCCACCAUUUUACAAGGUGAAGAGGAAACGAAUUAUUGGGACAAAAUAUUAAAAGAUAGGGCAGAAAAGUUGGGUAAAAAAAUACGACCAAAACAACGGGGCAGGGAAAAGGUGUUGAAGAAAGCAGAAAAAGAACUUGGAAAACACAUAAAAUUUGAUGAGGUGUAAUCAUGUCUUUACUGAAAUACGUAAAAUAUAUAAUGUAUAUCUGUGCACAAUUUACUGUGCAGUUAACAUACUUGCAUAUAAACAUUCUUAGUCUUAAA